AUCAAGGUUUUUGUGUCAAUCUAGUAUACUGUGUUUAAAAUGGCUGGUGGGAGCAGGGAUACACAACAACAACACAAAUAAGAUUAAAUCCUGAUUAACCUUAUAGAUGAAGAAAUAUUAAUGCUGUUUUAAAGGAACAAUAAGUUAUUUUUCUUCCUUGUGUUAUAAAACAGUCAAAAUGCUGCUACAUAUUGGCAUAGUUGAAAACAAUACUCAAUACUAAGACAGUUCAAAUAUUCAAACUAAUGAUGUAAAAUAAAAACUAUGGGUUCAAUAUAUUAAAAUUGUGGUGGUCUACUGUAAGUAGUCCCAGAGUAAUUGAGCAAAACGCAGCAAAACGUGUUGCAACCUGGCCCACUCUAACCCUAUGAAAGCACAUUUGAAGGGGAUCUUUUAAUAGCCCGUAUGAAUUAAUGAUUACAACGAGGAAAACCUCUUUCAGUGUUCAUAUGGGCAUCUGGCUGUUGUUUUACUUCGUUCAAUGUAAUAAACACAGCUCAAAUCAUCAGUAAAUAAAAAAAAAUAUUCUUCGUCCUCCAGUCCAGCAGAGAUCGCUGUUCGCUUUCUCCACUUCGCUCUGCAGGAAGCGAACAGUCGUCGACGCGGAACUCCCGCUGGCUCUCUUUGUUCGCUGUGUGUUUACCUGUUUACCUUCUCGCUGGCCCUCUUUGUUCGCUGUGUGUUUACCUGUUUACCUCCUCGCUGGCUCUCUUUUUUCAUUGUGCGUUUACCUGUUUACCUCCCCGCUGGCUCUCUUUGUUCGCGGUGUUUUUACCCGUUUACUUCCUCGCCGGCUCUCUCUGUUCUCUGGAAGGCUGAAAGUGCGCAAAAAAGGAGAAAAUGUGCGCCGUGCAGCUGCUGCGGGUGUCGGUACAUGAGCGGAUCAGCGCUGCCGCUGAAGACUUUCUGCUGCAGGUGGAAAAAGGAGAAGAAACAGCAGAAAUCCCGCUGAGAGCGCUGCUCACCGAGCGGCUUACGGCGGCUGCGGAGGAGAUCGUCGGUCUGUUGGAGGAAACCGUGGCGGAGUACGAAGACAGAGUGGAGCGGUCAGAGCGGGAGAUCUGCCGCCAGAGGAGGCUGCUCGAUGCCGUGCUGAAGCCCGAAGUCAAGCUGCUCAGAGCAGUGUGUCCCGCAGAUGUCCAGCAGCUGUUGGAGAGUAAAGAAGAGGUUCCCCCUGAGCAGCAGGAGUGGAGCUCCAGUCUGGACCAGGAGGACCCAGAGCUCCCACACAUUAAAGAGGAACAGGAGGAACUCUGGACUAGUCAGGAGGGAGAGCAACUUCAAGGGCUGGAGGAGGCUGAUAUCACCAAGAUCACAUUCACUCCUGUCCCUGUGAAGAGUGAAGAUGAUGAAGAGAAACCUCAGUCCUCACAGCUUCAUCAAAGACAAACUGAACAGAUGGAAACAGAAGCUGAUGGAGAGGACUGUGGAGGAUCAGAACCAGACAGGGACUCGCAUCCAGAUAGACAUUUACAACCAGUUAGUGAAGACAACUCUCUAGACUCUACGGAAACUGAUGACAGUGAUUGUGAUUGGACAGAAACAAAUGAAGCUCAGUCAGGUUUUGAGAGUCCAAAAAACAGUGAAGCCCCUGAGAGUGACAUUGGAUCUUCAGUGAAGGAGCGACCCUUUCCUUGCUCAUAUUGUGGUAAAAGAUUUAGCCUCAAGGGAAAUUUGAAUAGACACAUAAGAGACCACACAGGCGAGAGACCAUUCCCUUGUUCUGGUUGUGAUAAAUCAUUUAAAGAUAGUGGAUCACUAACGGCUCACAUGAGGUGUCACACCGGAGAGCAGCCGUACAGUUGCUUAUUCUGCGGGAAGAAUUUCAGUGGGAGGGGAAACAUGACCAGACACAUGAGAAUCCACACAGGAGAGAAGCCAUACACCUGCUCGGUGUGCAGUAAAAGUUUUCAUGUGAAAGAACACCUUAACAGACACAUGAAGUAUCAUACUGGGGAAAAACCGUUCAGUUGUUCUGUCUGUGGUAAAGGUUGUGCUCAGAAAACAGACUUAAAGAAACACAUGAGAGUCCAUACUGGAGAGAAACCGUACAGUUGUCCGUUCUGUGGAAAGUGCUGUGCUGAAAAAGGAGACUUGACCAAACACAUGAGAGUCCACACGGGAGAGAAGCCGUUCAGCUGCAAUAUUUGCGGUAAAAGUUGUGCUCAAAAGGGGAGCUUGAAGAUUCACAUGAGAGUCCACACAGGAGAGAAACCGUUCAGCUGCUCCGUCUGCGGAAAACGUUUUACUGUGACAGGACAUCUAAAGAGACACAUGAAGCUGCACACGGCAGACAGUCAAGUGACUGAGUCCUCGGAUACAAUUUCAGCCAAAGUAAAUCAUGAAGUUGAGACUGUUGAACCGGCGAACACGUCAUGACGUGUUUCACCACUCAGGAGGAAAGAUGAAACCCUUUGAGUCAGUGAGGUGGUGAGGGAUGCAGCCACAUCAGGGCUCAUGUUUAUCAAGCUUCUCUGACUCAUGCCUGGCCUCCCUCAUUUAGGGAUGUUCAUUAUCCAACAGUUUUAGAUUAAGACUGCUAUCAGUGAUUUAAGUGAUCAAAAUACAUUAAUUGCUAAUGUAGAAUAUGAGAUAUGUGGUGUAACGUCCAGACAAAGUGCUGUGGUUUUGCGGUGGUGCCUCUUGUAUCCAGAGCCGGAUCAGAAUAACAGCUCGGCCUUCGUUAUGGUGGCCCUGUGCUGAAAUAUGCUGGUCAAAUAAAGAAGAUUCUUCCAGGUAGUCGUGUGUUGGGUUCAGGUAGCCGAACUUGUAGAGGUUUCAGUUUGCUUUAAACAAUCUAGGUGAUGUGUCGUCCCACCACAUCUGAAGGCAAAGGUGUUUAUACUGUUCUAAACGGCCACAUUUGAAGACUGUGUAGAAGAGAGACACGAUGAAUCAUGCCAAUGGGAAUAGUGGCUUUGGUUGUGGUGUGCACACAUUUGUAUCACCAGUAGAUUAAUUAUUGAAGGCCUUGUUUAACACAGUAUUCACUGGUUACUCCUACUGCUGAAGAUCAUUUAUAGCAACCAAAUCAUAAAAUAUGAUCAUGUGCUGCUGUCGUAGUGCAAAUAUUACUAACAUAGCAGUAUAUUAUUCUACUGCUGUAACCUUUAAGGACUGCUCUGAUAUAAACUCUAGAUAUUAUCUCUACGCUGGGCUUGCUGUUGUAAUGAAUUCAUUUUCGAUGAUGAAUACUAAUGAAUACUAAAUAUAACUAAUUCGGAUCCACCUGCUGCCGGUUGUGUUUCCUCCCACAGUCCAAAGACAUGAAGAUGAGAUGAAUGUAGCUAACCAAUCACAGCUUUUGUUGUCUCCAUGUGGUAUCUCUGUAGCUGCUAAAAUCCCAACGUGGAUUUGAAUUUUUGACACAUUAGCUAUAGUGUAGCUUUGGUAGCUACACAUCUAACACCUUAACAAAGAAGUAUAAAAAAAGCUCAGAAUUGAUCAGUUGGGAGUUUAGCAAUGCAAAAAACACAGUCACAGUUACAACGCACCCAAAUAAUUGCUGUUGUAAGUUUAUUGCCCCACUGGUAACCAUACUGUAGGUAUGUUUCCAUUACUGGAACCUGUAACUUAAUGCUCUUUACUUCUGCUGUUGUUUCCACUGUCCUCCACCCGCUUUGGAGACAAGUUCCAGGAGCUGAAUUUUGGCACCCUUCUGGAGGUGGUACAACAUUAAGUUGCAGGUACUUGCGGUAGGAGGGGAUGUGCUCCCAGGGCUCUCGUCUCUGAUUGGCCAAGCAGCUAUCACUCUCUGUUGGCUCUGUUGUUUUAUCUCAACUACAACAACUACAACUUCUGUGUGUACAUCAACUUUUUAAUAUGAAGAAUAAUGGAGAACACAUUUUGGACAAAUGAUGUUUGUCCUGCUGCUGUCUUUUGAAUGAGGUCAUCUGAUUCUUCCCGGUAUGCAAAUUACAAUGAUCUGACCCGACCACCAUAGUCCAACAAGUUCUCAAAGGUUCCACUUAUGUUACAGGUCGUUAAAGGAUGAUUCUGGUGAUUUUCUAUGUUUGUCUUAUUGUCAACAAAUAUCAUGUUUGGAUCUUAACCAACAAUGACC